CUCUGAGCAUCAGUGAGCACAAUUUGGAUCAAUGAACUGUCACCAGCACAAAACCGGACAGGCAGCCUGCUCCGAUGCCAUUCAGAUCACCAAUGCUAGGAUGAAGGGCUCACACUCUGUAAAAAGGCACCGCAUCACCAUACACACCUCGCACACCGAUGGGCGCAACGAGGUCACCACGCGGCCCGUCCGCUCAGGCGCCCGCUGCCGGAACUCCAUUGCCUCGUGCGCCGACGAGCAGCCGCACAUUGGCAACUACCGGCUGCUCAAAACCAUCGGAAAGGGCAACUUUGCCAAGGUCAAGCUGGCGCGUCACAUCCUCACGGGCCGAGAGGUUGCCAUCAAAAUCAUCGACAAGACACAGCUGAAUCCUACCAGCCUUCAAAAGCUCUUCAGGGAAGUCCGAAUAAUGAAGAUUCUAAACCAUCCAAACAUUGUGAAACUGUUUGAGGUGAUAGAGACUGAGAAGACUCUCUACCUCGUGAUGGAAUAUGCCAGUGGAGGGGAGGUCUUUGACUACCUCGUAGCACAUGGGAGGAUGAAGGAGAAGGAGGCCAGGGCUAAAUUUAGACAGAUUGUGUCAGCUGUACAGUACUGCCAUCAGAAACACAUCGUACACAGAGACCUGAAGGCUGAGAACUUACUCCUGGACGCCGACAUGAACAUCAAGAUUGCCGACUUUGGCUUCAGUAAUGAGUUUGUCAUGGGAAGUAAGCUGGACACGUUCUGCGGCUCUCCUCCCUACGCCGCCCCAGAGCUGUUCCAGGGGAAGAAGUACGACGGGCCAGAGGUGGACGUCUGGAGCCUGGGGGUCAUCCUGUACACGCUGGUCUCAGGGUCGCUGCCCUUCGACGGUCAGAACCUCAAGGAGCUGAGAGAGCGUGUUUUAAGGGGUAAAUACCGUAUCCCUUUCUACAUGUCCACCGACUGUGAAAACCUCCUCAAGCGUUUCCUGGUGCUCAACCCAGCCAAGCGCGGUACACUUGAGGUGAGGGAGGAAGGCCAAAAUCAAAUCAUGAAGGACCGGUGGAUAAACGCCGGCUGUGAAGAGGAUGAGAUGAAGCCCUUCGUGGAACCAGAAACGGACAUCACGGACCAGAAGAGAAUAGACAUCAUGGUGGGGAUGGGCUACACUCGGGAGGAGGUGACUGAGUCUCUAACCAGGAUGAAGUACGAUGAGAUCACCGCCACCUACCUGCUACUGGGAAGGAAGUCCACAGAGUUGGAGGUCAGUGAUUCCAGUUCUAGCAGUAAUCUGUCUCUUGCCAAGGCGCGGCCUGCCAGCGAGCACAACAACAACGGCCAGUCUCCGGCCCACCUCAAGGCCCAGCGGUCCAUCUCCGGCACCCAGAAACAGAGACGCUACAGCGACCAGGCCGGUCCGUCCAUUCCCUCGGUGGGCUACCCCAAGAGGAGCCAGACCACCUCGGAUGACAACGGCGACCACAAAGAGGACGGGGGUGCCCAGCCACGGAAGUCUGUUUCACCAGGCGGGCGUGGUGGCAGCGGUGCCCCUGCCAGUCCCCUAUUGGGUAACGCCAACAACCCUAACAAGGCCGACAUCCCCGACCGCAAGAAAGGCUCCACCACACCCAGCACUAACUCCACAUCAGGGGGCAUGAGAAGGAGGAACACGUAUGUGUGUAGCGAGAGGAACGCCUCGGAUCGCCACUCUGUCAUCCAGAAUGGAAAAGAAAACAGCAUGAGUGAAAUGUCGGCGGCCUGUGCCACUAGCCCUUCUGCCUACGCCAAGGCCCUCACCGUCUCCUCAGCCUCGGUCCGCCUGCGCCACCAGAAGGCCGCGUCCCUGUCGGCUUCGGGCCACACCUGCCGCCAAACGCUGCCACCUACCGAUGGCGACUUCUUCAGGCCUAACACGUCGACGACGUCUGGCCAGCGGAACCCCGGAGGCUCCUCCACCCACAGCAUCAGCAGCGGCGCCACGCCCCCUGACAGGCUGCGUUUCCCCCGCGGCACAGCCAGCCGCAGCACCUUCCACGGCGGCCAGCUGCGGGAGCGUCGCACGGCCACCUACAACGGCCCGCCGGCCUCACCCACGCUGUCGCAUGACGCCACGCCCCUCUCGCAGUCCCGCAGCCGAGGCACCACCAACCUCUUCACCAAGCUCACCUCCAAACUCACGCGCAGGGUACCCUACUGGGCUCUAAAUGUGGCUGCCGUUCGAGAUGAUGAUUGAGAGGUGUUUCGUUGCAGGACGAAGUUCAGGUACCAAAUCCCCAAAACUGUAGAGAAUUCCUCCCCAUCGUCUCUCUUCACGCAUUGGUGUCCCUGAAAGCUAUCCAAGCUAUGGAACUUGUCCAUCAAUUUUUCCUUGAUUUGCCCUUAUCCACCUGGCUAAGCAACUUGUCCCUCAAUUUCUCCUUGACUUGCUAGAUGAUAGCCCAGCCCCUAUCCUAGCCCAGUCCCUAUCCUAGAACUGGUAGAUGAUAGCCCAGCCCCUAUCCUAGCCCAGUCCCUAUCCUAGAACUGGUACAUGAUAGCCCAGCCCCUAUCCUAGAACUGGUAGAUGAUAGCCCAGCCCCUAUUCUAGCCCAGUCCCUAUCCUAGAACUGGUAGAUGAUAGCCCAGCCCCUAUCCUAGCCCAGUCCCUAUCCUAGAACUGGUAGAUGAUAGCCCAGUCCCUAUCCUAGAACAGGUAGAUGAUAGCCCAGCCCCUAUCCUAGAACAGGUAGAUGAUAGCCCAGCCCGAAUCCUAGAACUGGUAGAUGAUCCAAUCCUAGAACUGGUAGAUGAUAGCCCAGCCCCAAUCCUAGAAUUGGUAGAUGAUAGCCCAGCCCCUAUCCUAGAACAGGUAGAUGAUAGCCCAGACCCUAUCCUAUAACUUUUACCACAAGGACAAGUUAUAAGAUAAAUAACUGCCUUAGUGGAGCACGUAAUAACACCUUUUGAAAGGGAUUGAUUUCCCUGUUUGUGGGUGUUUGAAGGAUCUACAUUUAUAAGUGCCAUUGCAUUGAGCACAGCCAUUACACUUUUAAUUUCCAUCCAGUAGGGGCGCAAAUAGAACUGGUAGAUGAUAGCCCAGCCGCUAUCCUAGAACUGGUAGAUGAUAGCCCAGCCCCUAUCCUAGAAUUGGUAGAUGAUAGCCCAGCCCCUAUCCUAGAACUGGUAGAUGAUAGCCCGGCGCCAAUCCUAGAACUGGUAGAUGAUAGCCCAGCCCCAAUCCUAGAAUUGGUAGAUGAUAGCCCAGCCCCUAUCCUAGAAUUGGUAGAUGAUAGCCCAGUCCCUAUCCUAGAACUGGUAGAUGAUAGCCCAGCCCCUAUCCUAGAACUGGUAGAUGAUAGCCUAGCCCCUAUCCUAGAAUUGGUAGAUGAUCCAAUCCUAGAACUGGUAGAUGAUAGCCCAGCCCCAAUCCUAGAACUGGUAGAUGAUCCAAUCCUAGAACUGGUAGAUGAUAGCACAGCCCCAAUCCUAGAACUGGUAGAUGAUCCAAUCCUAGAACUGGUAGAUGAUAGCCCCUGUCCCAGAACUGGUAGAUGAUAGCACAGCCCCAAUCCUAGAACUGGUAGAUGAUCCAAUCCUAGAACUGGUAGAUGAUCCAAUCCUAGAACUGGUAGAUGAUAGCCCCUGUCCCAGAACUGGUAGAUGAUAGAACGUGUGACUUGCUUUGCUUUUGUCCACUCACUCUUAUAUUAUACUAAAUCACAUACAGAUGGAACGGACAGAUGCUGAUAUACUGGGCUAUAGGGAAAUAGCCAGUUCCAGACAGACACACAGAGUAGUAACUCUGAAAAUCAGUUCCAAAGGGCCUUUUGAUGCUCUGCAGUUCACUGCAGUCUAGCUCUAUUAACAACCAUUUCUAGUGUCCUGCCUCUCUUCAGGGGGACUCCACCAAGUCUAGUGUCCUGCCUCUCUUCAGGGGGACUCCACCAAGUCUAGUGUCCUGCCUCUCUUCAGGAGGACUCCACCAGGUCUAGUGUCCUGCCUCUCUUCAGGGGGACUCCACCAAGUCUAGUGUCCUGCCUCUCUUCAGGGGGACUCCACCAAGUCUAGUGUCCUGCCUCUCUUCAGGGGGACUCCACCAAGUCUAGUGUCCUGCCUCUUCAGGGGACUCCACCAGGUCUAGUGUCCUGCCUCUCUUCAGGGGGACUCCACCAGGUCUAGUGUCCUGCCUCUUCAGGGAGACUCCACCAGGUCUAGUGUCCUGCCUCUUCAGGGAGACUCCACCAGGUCUAGUGUCCUGCCUCUCUUCAGGGGGACUCCACCAGGUCUAGUGUCCUGCCUCUCUUCAGGGGGACUCCACCAGGUCUAGUGUCCUGCCUCUUCAGGGGGACUCCACCAGGUCUAGUGUCCUGCCUCUCUUCAGGGGGACUCCACCAGGUCUAGUGUCCUUCCUCUCUUCAGGAGGACUCCACCAGGUCUAGUGUCCUGCCUCUCUUCAGGGGGACUCCACCAGGUCUAGUGUCCUGCCUCUCUUCAGGGGGACUCCACCAGGUCUAGUGUCCUGCCUCUCUUCAGGGGGACUCCACCAGGUCUAGUGUCCUUCCUCUCUUCAGGAGGACUCCACCAGGUCUAGUGUCCUGCCUCUUCAGGGAGACUCCACCAGGUCUAGUGUCCUGCCUCUCUUCAGGGGGACUCCACCAGGUCUAGUGUCCUGCCACUCUUCAGGGGGACUCCACCAGGUCUAGUGUCCUGCCUCUUCAGGGGGACUCCACCAGGUCUAGUGUCCUGCCUCUCUUCAGGGGGACUCCACCAGGUCUAGUGUCCUGCCUCUCUUCAGGGGGACUCCACCAAGUCUAGUGUCCUGCCUCUCUUCAGGGGGACUCCACCAGGUCUAGUGUCCUGCCUCUCUUCAGGGGGACUCCACCAGGUAUAGUGUCCUGCCUCUCUUCAGGAGGACUCCACCAGGUCUAGUGUCCUGCCUCUCUUCAGGAGGACUCCACCAGGUCUAGUGUCCUGCCUCUCUUCAGGGGGACUCCACCAAGUCUAGUGUCCUGCCUCUCUUCAGGGGGAUUCCACCAGGUCUAGUGUCCUGCCUCUCUUCAGGGGGACUCCACCAGGUCUAGUGUCCUUCCUCUCUUCAAGAGGACUCCACCAGGUCUAGUGUCCUGCCUCUCUUCAGGGGGACUCCACCAAGUCUAGUGUCCUGCCUCUCUUCAGGGGGACUCCACCAAGUCUAGUGUCCUGCCUCUCUUCAGGGGGACUCCACCAUUUCUAGUGUCCUGCCUCUCUUCAGGGGGACUCCACCAGGUCUAGUGUCCUGCCUCUCUUCAGGGGGACUCCACCAGGUCUAGUGUCCUGCCUCUCUUCAGGGGGACUCCACCAAGUCUAGUGUCCUGCCUCUCUUCAGGGGGACUCCACCAAGUCUAGUGUCCUGCCUCUCUUCAGGGGGACUCCACCAUUUCUAGUGUCCUGCCUCUCUUCAGGGGGACUCCACCAGGUCUAGUGUCCUGCCUCUCUUCAGGGGGACUCCACCAGGUCUAGUGUCCUGCCUCUCUUCAGGGGGACUCCACCAGGUCUAGUGUCCUGCCUCUCUUCAGGGGGACUCCACCAUUUCUAGUGUCCUGCCUCUCUUCAGGGGGACUCCACCAGGUCUAGUGUCCUGCCUCUCUUCAGGGGGACUCCACCAGGUCUAGUGUCCUUCCUCUCUUCAGGGGGACUCCACCAGGUCUAGUGUCCUUCCUCUCUUCAGGAGGACUCCACCAGGUCUAGUGUCCUGCCUCUCUUCAGGGGGACUCCACCGGGUCUAGUGUCCUGCCUCUUCAGGGGGACUCCACCAGGUCUAGUGUCCUGCCUCUCUUCAGGGGGGGACUCCAGUCCAUCCAGCCCAUAUGGAGCACAUGUGGGAUGUGUGAAAUGUACUCCUCAGCCUGAAAUGUACCCACUUACCUGAGCAAAUAGCUAGCUUUUCACAUGGCGCCGACUGUUAAGACUGUUCAGGAGAGUGGUCACGUGUGCUAGCAAGGCAGAGGUCACGAGUUCGCGCUGUUGGGCCAAAUCGUGAGGAAGUGGUACUCACUAAGCAAGCAGCGUGACAUCAUCUUUACACAGAGAUAGGGCUCCUUCUGUUUAAGCAUCAAACAAACCCUCCUCUCUCUCUUUCUCCUUGUCUUUUCUCACACAGCCAACUAGGCCCAGCACUCCCAUCUGCAUGACUCCAACUGAAUUUUCUUAGAUGUGUUUGUUUCUGCUGUGUACGAGAGUGUGUGUGUGUGUGUGUGUGUCUGUCUGUGUGAGAGGGUUUGGUGUGUGUGUGUGGGUCUACGUCGAUCUGCACUUGAUUGUGUGAAUAUUCCUUAAAGUCAUAUCUAUGUAUCUUUAAUGUAUCUUGCAUCUUUUCAUCUGAAUACACACAUUGCUGCCUGCACGCCUCGACCAAAAUUCUCUAUAAAUGGACCGAGAAUGUACAUGGUAAUAGAGCUGAAUGCCAACAGGAAGUUCAACACUGACCCACAGCAUCUGACGGGGUGCUUUCGUUUCAUUACACCUUACAUAACUUCUCUGCUGUUAAUCUUAUAGUUCUACUGGUGGUGUGACAUGUCCAGCUACCAGACCUGCCAUUAGGAAUGGUCCUGGUGUAGAUAGAGGUUAACACUGCCAAUACAGAAUAUUUUCCGGUCUGUUUUCAUCUCUCUCGCUCUCCUUUCUUAAUAUCUCAAAUUAAAAAGCUUUUUUCCCCCACCUGCUGUAUCAGUACUUUUGAUCCGCUCCCUUUUUCCCCCACCUGCUGUAUCAGCACUUUUGAUUCCCUCCCCUUUUUUCCCCACCUGCUGUAUCAGCACUUUUGAUCCGCUCCCUUUUUUCUCCACCUGCUGUAUCAGCACUUUUGAUCCGCUCCCUUUUUUCCCCACCUGCUAUAUCAGUACUUUUGAUCCGCUCCCUUUUUUCCCCACCUGCUAUAUCAGUACUUUUGAUCCGCUCCCUUUUUUCCCCACCUGCUAUAUUAGUACUUUUGAUCCGCUCCCUUUUUUCCCCACCUGCUAUAUCAGUACUUUUGAUCCGCUCCCUUUUUUCCCCACCUGCUAUAUCAGCACUUUUGAUCCGCUCCCUUUUUUCCCCACCUGCUAUAUCAGUACUUUUGAUCCGCUCCCUUUUUUCCCCACCUGCUGUAUCAGUACUUUUGAUCCGCUCCCUUUUUUCCCCACCUGCUGUAUCAGCACUUUUGAUACGCUCCCUUUUUCCCCCACCUGCUGUAUCAGCACUUUUGAUACGCUCCCUUUUUAACUGGAAC